CGGCAACGCUGUACUCCCAGCAACUGUGUCGUAUGCUUCAUAAAAAUAUGGAACACAGCAAAAACAUAAUACAAUAAUCAAUAAAUUUUCUUCUUGUCAUUAACGACAAAUCUUAAAGAACUUCGAUGGCAUUACGGUUAAACCGCGGAGACAUAAAAGCUGUGCUGGUGGAUUUAAGUGGAACUCUUCACAUAGAAAAUGAAGCGACUCCUGGAGCAGUCGAAGCUUUAGAACGGUUGAAAAGCUCUGGUAUAUUUGUGAGAUUUCUCACCAAUACAACUAAAGAGAGUAAAAACUAUUUACAUGAAAGACUUACCAAAUGUGGAUUUUGUUUGAAGAAAAACGACAUAUUUACUUCUUUAACUGUUUCCCGUCAAUACAUCGAAAAUCAUCAUCUGAACCCAUUGCUACUGCUUGAGGAUGCAGCAUUGGAAGAUUUUGAAGGGAUUUCAAGGAAUGCUGAAGAAAUAAAUGCAGUAGUGGUAGGAUUGGCCCCUAGCAAGUUUGAGUAUGAAUCCAUGAAUCAUGCUUUUAGGGUUUUGAUGAAUGGAGCGGAUUUAAUUGCUAUCCACAAGGGUCGUUAUUAUUCUCGCGGUGACGGGCUGGCUCUUGGUCCUGGACCGUUUGUUUCAGCAUUAGAAUUUGCAACUGGAAGGACUGCUACAGUGAUGGGCAAGCCAGAAAAAAAUUUCUUCCUUUCUGCAUUAACGGGAUUGAACUGCGAGCCUCAUGAGGCCCUAAUGAUUGGCGAUGUGAGUUUAAACCAGAGAGUUAUUGCAAAACGAUCGCUAGUCGUCCCCGCGAGGAUGUACGUGACGAUAUUGAAGGGGCACUUCUGGCCGGAUUUAAGGCUAUUUUGGUGCGCACUGGAAAAUUUCGGCCAGGAGAUGAAAACCGUUCCAGUAUCCCGCCAACUGCAGUUUGUGAGAACUUUGCAGCUGCAGUUGAUUACAUACUGCGUUAAGCAUACAAAUUGAGUAACCAGUAGCGAAACUUUGAUCUUAAUUUGAUAAUUUCUUCAAAAUGUAAUAGCUUGUUAACUAGGCUACUAUCCACAAAUAUCGGAAAUACAUUAGUUUUUCCAUUUCCCAUUUCAAACCUAUUUACAGAUUGUAUUACAACUCACCAAUUCCAGUUACCAAAGAUAUUUAAGUAACCAAAGAAACCCUGACAAACAUGUUUACAACUCUUAUAAAUCGAUUUGUAAAAAAUGCGAUGGGUAUUUGAAAAUAGUUCUAAUUUUAGAUCUGCUUGCAUCGAAUGUUUCUUUUUUUUUUUCUUCUCGUUUUUUUUUUUUUUUUUUUUUGCGGAUCUAAUGAAGACAUUUCAUUUGAAAAUAUCCUUUAUUACUUGGACUAAAUUGAAAAGGGUGCUAGCAUUCCGGCAAACUUGAUGCUUGGACCGUCGGCGGGGAUGUCAGAACAUGUAAAUUUUUGGCCGCAGUGGUGGUAAGGUCAUGAACCUCGGCAUUAAGUUUUCCGAUCACCCAUUCCAUUGCCUUACAUUUUAUAAUGGAAGGUAUUAAAGUUUUGUUCAAUUGAUUUUCUUUACAUGGUGAUUCUAUACCUGUCUUCCUUUGUUGGCAUUCAGAGAUAUGGUAUUAGUUAGAAAUCCUUCUAGGUAUGAUGAAAGUGGAACUCCCCUCACCGUCACUACAGCUUCUUGAGUGAGCAAUGUUUUGGAAGGGUCUUCAGGAUGUGCAGUGUAACUCAAACGUUCAUCAAUUGACAUUAAAUGGCAGAAUGUCAGCUGAAAGUAAAAUUCCACAAAAAGUUAGACAACAAAAUUUAACUAAUCUAUUAAAGCUAAUAUUUUAAUACUAAUUUAUUAACUACAGAUACCAUACAUUUUGGGUGAAAAGGGUCAUAAUUCUAUUUGUAGGAUCCACGGUUGAAUUCUCUUUGGCAUAACAAAUUCUUUCACUGCCCAAUAUCUGGAAAUUAUAUUUACAUUUAAGAUGCAAUUUUUGUUUGUUUGUUUUUUCAUAGUGGAAAAUUUAUCAUACCUUUCUAGCCCAUCCUGGAAAAACCCAUUUGGAACUAAGUAAUCUUCUUGAAUGUAAAAUUCCAUUUUUAACAUCCCUUUCAAGGACAUCAAUGGCCACCACAUUUGGGUUCAUGGGAUUUGGAUAUUUUCUCCACGAAGCUUGGGCCACAGUUUCCCAUGGGUGAC